UCGACGGGGCAGCUCGCCAGGGAGCCACGUGUUAAAUCAGUUUACAUACUCCCCGGGGCUGUGGCGGCAGCUCAGACGCUCGAGGGACGCGCACAGGGGGAGGAGGUUCCUGGCGUGGCCGGCUGCACGUUCAGAGUUAAAGCAGUGACUGAAAGAGCGACCUGUCAGCCCCUUGCGGAACACCACGGGAUUAAGCGAGUUCGCAACCCAGAACGGAGCCCGGCUUCAUCCGAGAAAAACUUUGAGAGAGACAGAGAGAGAGAGAGAGAAAAUAAACUUUCUUCCGACGUUCUGCGCUCUCUUUCGAGGCGAAGAUGACAGCUUCCAGAGGGUCAGUUCUUCACACCCUCUGCGUCCUGGUCCUCAUGUCUCAGUUCAGCGCCUGCACGGAGACCCCGGCGACCACCGCCGAUGACUACAUGGACGGCUGGAGCGGCAGCACGGCCGAGAUGGACUACGACGGCUACGUGCAGCAGUGCAAGAAGGAGGACGUGCGUUCCUUCCGCCGGACCUUCCUGCCCGCCAUCUACGCGCUGGUGUGCCUGCUGGGGCUGGUGGGCAACGGCCUGGUGGUGCUGACCUACGUGUACUACAAGCGGCUGCGGACCAUGACCGACGUGUACCUGCUCAACCUGGCCCUGGCCGACCUGCUCUUCCUGCUGACGCUCCCCUUCUGGGCGGUGAGCGUGGCGCGCCAGUGGCUGUUCGGCCGAGCCGUCUGCAAGGCGGUGCACGGCGUCUACCGGCUCAGCUUCAUCAGCGGCAUGCUCCUGUUGAUGUGCAUCAGUAUCGACCGCUACUUCUCCAUCGUCCGGGCGGCCUCGGCCCACCGCUACCGCUCCAAAGCCGUCCGCUGCAGCAAGCUGGUCUCGGUGGGCGUCUGGGUGCUCUCCGCCGUCUUCUCCGUGCCCGAGCUGGUCUACAGCGACGAGCUGCGGACCGACGACACCGUGCACUGCCGGAUGAGCCAGGACAAUAGCACCUUCAUCUACACCACCAGCCUGCAGAUCUCCUUCGGCUUCCUGCUGCCGCUGGUGGUCAUGGGCUUCUGCUACUGCGUGGUGGUCAGGACGCUGCUGCUGGCCAGGAACUUCGAGAAGAACAAGGCCAUCAAGGUGAUCAUCGCCGUGGUGCUGGCCUUCCUGCUCUUCCAGCUGCCCUACAACAGCGUGCUGCUGAUCGACACCAUCGCCGACGUGAACGCCACCGUGACGGACUGCGAGCAGAGCAAGCGUAUGAACUUGGCCCUGGACAUCAGCAAGAGCCUGGCGUACGCCCGCUGCUGUCUCAACCCCUUCCUGUACGCCUUCAUCGGCGUCAAGUUCCGCCGCGACCUGCUGAAGCUGCUGAAGGAGAUGGGCUGCGUCAGCGGCGAGAAGCUGCUCAAACUGGCCGCCCUGCGGCCCGGCGCCAGCGGCGUACGCAGCACCGUGGUCACGGACACCGACAGCACCACCACCUUCUCGCCGUGAGGCUCUCCGCUCCCCCGCUACCACCCCUCCCGCUCACACCGUGUGGACCACCCUCAGCCAACAGGGGGGCCGCACUGACUCUCCGGCCGGUGGGAAACAGACGGGGCUCUCCUUCCGUCUCUGACAACAGCCCCCACCCUACCAUUACACUCCCACUCCCCCCCCCCCAUUUUACUCAACACCUCCUCACCGUCCCUCUCCUCCCCUCACUACCUCGCCAUUGCACUCCUCCACCGCUUCAUCUCCCUCAUCGCCCCUCUCCAUCUCAUCUCCCUUAUCGCCCCUCUCCACUUCCUCAUCUCCCUCAUCUCCCCUCUCUAUAUCUCUUUUCCCUCAUCGACCCUCUCCAUCUCCUCAUCUCCCUCAUCGCCCCUCUCCACUUCCUCAUCUCCCUCAUCGACCCUCUCUAUCUCCUCAUCUCCCUCAAUGUCCUACUCCAUCUCCUCAUCUCCCUCAUUACGCUUCUCUACUUCCUCACCUCCCCAUUGCCAAGCCACACCCCUUCACCUCACUUCCCAAUCACCCCUUCCCUCCUCACCCUUUGCCCUCCCGCUUCACUCCCCCGUCACCCCUCCUCCCCCGCACCCCCCCCCUCCCCACCCCCGCCAGCCACAGGCUGCUUCCCUGCGUUCGCCGCCCGGCUCCAGUUUCCUCACCCCGCCCUCCCGGCCCCCGGUGCCGAGCCCAAGUUCAGAUUUACACGGGCAUCGAGAGGCACCGGGAAAUAUGUCGUUCCGAUCCCAGGGCGGGUCAAUCCCUCGGCCUCCAGCCCGCCGUGAUGCCGGACUGAGCGGACUCUGGCCCUUCCCCCAGCCGGCCGGCAAAGACCCGGCAGAUACGGGCCUCAACUUCCAGACUUCCGACCAGCCUCCGGGUAUCGGUGCCAGGACUCGCCGACGGUGACCCGAGACCGCCCCCCCCCCCGAACACUAGCGCCCCUCUGACAAGGUUAUCCCGUGCCCUGGUAAUUGGGGCCGGGCCCUUGGAGAUCUCCGGUGACCCGCUGGAACCGGGGGUGGGGGCCGCGUUUGAAUGUAAAGAGCAGCAAUGAUGUUUUAAGGAGCGGGGGGGGGGGAACGUCCAGUCACGGACACACCGAACUCUCCCUGGGACAGGAACCCUCACAGCGUGGACACGCUUUUGGACCCUUGCUCCGCCGUCAGCCGGUGUGCGAGAGUCAGCGGACUGUGCCCCGGGGCCGGUCAAGCUGUGACUGCCUCGUCGGAAAGGACACCCGGCUGUGCCUCACUGUAUCUCCGGGAGUGGGGCUGUUUCACGUUGGGUGGGACUGCAUGGACAUCUGUGAGACUGUAACGCAGCGGGCGAGACUGUUCCCCGGUGAUCGAGACUGUACCACGGGGUGUGUGGAGGGGUGGGGUGGGUCAGUAGACCGUCCGCUGAUGAAAACCGUGAAUGUUUUUUUUAAAAAUGUGUUUCAUGUCCACUGAACAGCUAAGCAGCAUGUAUGUGUCUGUAAUGAGUAAAUAUUUGACGGGAACCUGCGCAGGGGAAGCUGUUCCCGGGAUGUGCCCGGCUCCGUGCCCGCUGCUACUUACUCAAAGCUUCAAAGCACAGUUCUUGUCAGGGGUCUGAGUGUGGGGUCCAGCCCCGAGACCCGACCGCCCCCCCCCCCACCCCGCCGCAGGCAGCCGCGUAACGGGGAACUCGUCCAGAGAAAACACGAAACGCCCGGCGCGCGAAAGAAAACAUAGAAACGUAGAAAUCCCCGGGACGUUACAGGCCCUUCGGCCCAUAAUGUUGUGCUGACCCUGUAACCUACUCUGGAAGCUGCCUAGAAUUACCCUAGCGCACAGCUCUCUACUUUUCUAAGCUCCGUGUACCUGUCCAGGGGUCUCUUAAAAGACCCUGUUGGAUCCGCCUCCACCACCGCCGCCGGAAGCCCAUUCCACACACUCACCAGUCUUUGUGUAAAAAACUUACCCCUGACAUCUCCUCUGUACCUACUUCCAAGCACCUUAAACCUGUCCCCUCUCGUGUUAGCCAUUUCAGCCCUGGGGAAAAGCCUCUGACUAUCCACACGAUCAAUGCCCCUCAUCAUCUUAUACACCUCUAUCAGGUCACCUCUCAUCCUCCGUCACUCCAAGGAGAAAAGGCCGAGUUCACUCAACCUAUUCUCAUCAGGCAUGCUCCCCAAUCCAGGCAACAUCCUUGUAAAUCUCCUCUGCACCCUUUCUAUGGUUUCCACAUCCUUCCUGUAGUGAGGCGACCAGAACUGAGCACAGUACUCCAAGUGGGGUUUGACCAGGGUCCGAUAUAGCUGCAACAUUACCUCUCGGCUCUUAAACUCAAUCCCGCGAUUGAUGAAGACCAGCACACCAAAAGAACAAAACGGGUGAAUAGCACACGGGAAAUCCAAUAUCCCACCGCCGGGCCCUGGAAACGGACUCGGAAUAAUGAGCUUAAUGUUCCCCCUUGAUGUGAACAAACUCUGCAAAUAACAGAAACGUUGAGUGUGUGUGUGGAAUCACAGAUGUGCUGCUUUCGGCAGAGGAGUUCAACGGGCGGAGUAACCUCUGGCCCCGGGGAUGGUUUUCGGGCGCCUCGGUAGCGCGGCUCUAUCACAGACGAGUUCGGUCCCGGCCUCCUCCGCAGGAAAGUUUGGGCCUUCUUCCCGCGUGCGCGAGGGUUCCCCCGGCCGCCCCGGUUUCCCCCCCACCCCCCCCCCCAGCUCGACCUGGUUGUCGGGUUCAUUGGCCUGUGUGAAUUGUCCCGUGACCCGGCUCGGGGGUUCAAGUCGGUGGUUUGCCGGGCGGCGCGGCUCGCUGGGCCUGUUCUCUCUAUCCCCGAACAAAUUUCCAUUUAGUUGCUGCCCUGUCGGAGAAUUUAAACCAAUGACAUAUCUUAGAGAGAGAUAAGUAUAUUUUUUUAUAGAAAUCACUCGACUUUUGUGUACAGUAUGUGUUUUUUUUUCCUGCAUUAAAAUGUUUCUGUGUUCCCUCCAGCCGUGAUUUUUUUUUCUUUAAGUUGUGUAUUUGAUCAACGCGGUCAGGACCCCGGCACAGGAAUGGAGUGACAAGCUGGGUAAA